UAGUUAGGCCAGAGCAAGGAUGUAAACAUUGAGUUCACUCAACUUGGGUUUGUUAUGGGGAAUCAUUUCAGUAUUUUCCUGUUCCAUUCGUUAAUUCAAGUAAAAGGGAGGGGUGUGUGUGUGUGUGUCAGUCGUCAACGCAAUGAUUUAACGAUUUUUCCAGGGUGGUCUGUGACGUGGCCUGUAAAAUGUUUCCAUCUACUGGAGCUAUAAAUAGAGCUGGGUCACGUGAUCGGCCACACAGUUUACACACAAACCAGACGCACACACUGUCGAGACUGAAUCACGCAGUCACUCCACGCACGCGUUCUACCUGUCCCUGUGAGUAUUUGAGUGAAAUUUAGGAGAGGAGGACGCCACACGGCAUAUACUGCAGUACGCACACGCACAUCCUGAACCCCUCGCUUAGGGGGCGGAGUGAAAGAGGAGGAAGCUGGAAAGGAAGGUGUGAGUGUUGAACGUCAACGUCCGAGGGAGGAACUGUGAGGCCACAUUGUCCGGCUGCAGAGGGCGCGCGCCGAGCGUCUCGUCUUGUGUUAUUGAUGAGGAAGUGGUGUUCACUAUGGGUCACUGAUAUCCCCGCUAUAGUCGAUCAAGAUCUACUCUGAUAGCUGCACCAUGGCACACGUAGGCAACGGAGCGGCUGGAGAGGACGAGGAGUGCUUUGAAGAUGCCUUUGAGCGAAUACCCGUGGCCGGUCAAAUGGACUUGCGUACAGCCAUACAGGAGACACAGUGUGCUCUCAAUCUGGUCCUCAACAACAAGUUUAAUGAAGCCCUGGAGCUGCUAAAACCAUGGUAUAGAGACAGUAUGUACCACGCUCUGGGCUACAGCAGCAUCCUAGUGAUGAAAGCUGCCAUGACUUUUGAACAUCAGGACAUCCAGGUCGCCAUGGCAACCAUCAAGGACGCCCUCAACACCUGCCAGAAGUUCAGGAAGAGAAGCUCAGUGGUUGGUUCUCUGUCAAAGCUGGUCAGCAUGCAGUCCCAUGGAGGAGCUCCUGAAGAGGAGAUCCACGCUGAACUCUGCUAUGCUGAGUGUCUACUCCAGAAGGCUACGCUAACGUUUGUGCAGGAUGAAAAUAUGAUCAGUUUUAUUAAAGGAGGAAUAAAGAUCAGGACCAGCUAUCAGAUCUACAAGGAAUGUCAGAACAUGCUAAAUGCCAAUCAGGACCAGGCAGCCAGCUCUGAUUCGUUCACACAGUUUGAGGGCGGGGUCAAACUCGGCAUAGGAUCUUUCAAUUUGAUGCUUUCCCUCCUGCCACAAAGGAUUCUCCGAUUGUUGGAGUUCAUAGGAUUCUCAGGGAAUAGGAACUUUGGUCUGAGUCAGCUGAUGGAGGGCUCAGCCAAUCACAGCCUGCGUUCCAUCCUCAGUGCUCUGACGCUCCUCUUCUACCACACCUACGUCUCUCUGAUCCUGGGAACAGGUGAGGGGGACCUGGUCGAGGCGGAGGCCCUGCUUGAACCCUACCAGCAGAAAUACCCUAAGGGUUCCAUCAUCCUCUUCUACACUGCUCGUAUCUCCGCUCUCAGAGGAGACUUUGAACAGGCCCAGAGCCGGUACGAGGAGUGCCUGGCAGCGCAGAACGAGUGGCUGCAGAUCCACCACCUGUGCUACUGGGAGUUGAUGUGGUGCCACUCGUACCGGCAGCAGUGGCAGCAGGCCUACACCUACGCUGACCUGCUGUGUAAGGAGAGCCGCUGGUCCAAGGCUAUCUAUGUGUAUCAGAAAGCAGCCAUCCUGAGCAUGAUGACAGUGGAGGAGGUGAAGCAGACUGGAGAGGACCUGGUUCAGCUCUUCAGGAAGGUGGAGGGUCUGAAGCAGAGGCUGGCAGGGAAGUCCAUCCCCACAGAGAAGUUUGCCAUCAGGAAGUCAAGACGCUACAACGCUGCUGAGCCGGUUAGCCUGGUGCUACCUGCCCUGGAGAUGAUGUAUGUAUGGAACGGGUUCUCCAUCGUGGGGAAGAGGCCUGACUGUACCGAAGCCCUCCUUGUUACCAUAGAGACGGCCGAGGCACACCUUAAAAACAACCCUAGUCCAUCAGAGUACCACCCAGAUGACUGCUGUUUGCUCCAGAUGUUGAAAGGCCUCUGUCUCAAACAUCUGGGGCGUCUGCUGCAAGCUGAACUCUGCUUUACGCAAGUCCUGUCUAGCGAGAGGCAGAUUCGGUAUGACCACUACCUGGUUCCGUUCAGCCUCUAUGAACUGGGUCUGCUCUACAAACAGCAGGGAGACAUUGCCAAAGCAACAUCUUACAUCGAGAAUGCCAAGAGCAACUAUAAGGACUACUCCAUGGAGUCCCGUCUGCACUUCAGGAUCCACGCGGCCCUCAACAGCCUCAGAGGAACCCCUGUCAGCACACCUUAACCCCCGCUCCCUUCAGCCCG